AUACGAUGUUUGAAUUAAAAAUUAAUUUGGAUAAACGACAGUUUUUAUUUUAAACGUUUAACGUAUUGUUAAGUUUUUUUUUUUUAAAGAAAAUAUUGAUAGUUAUGUUGAUUUAGUUUGAAAUGCUAAAUUUUGCUAAUUUGAAUAUGGAUAACAAGAAUGAGUCAAACCAGAACAAUAUUAAUAAUAUGUUGACAAAUGGCAAAAUCAAAGAUAGCGAUAAAAUGCCUAGCGCUGAGUUUUAUCCACUAUUAACAUCAACGUUGCCUUCUAUCAAUAACUGUAUCUUUGGCCUAACAAGCGAAAAUAAGGUACAGAAUGUUUUGGACAGUAGCAUCAAAGAUAAAUGGAAUAAAACGCCCAAGAUUCUAGCUUUUCGCAAGAAUAAAAAAAAAAAGCUGCAGCGCAGUAGAAUGCCAUCAUGUCGUAAACCAUCAACUUUAUCAAAUAUAAGUAUUGGUCAGACAGAUGAAUCUUUAACAGAUUACCGAGAAGCAGAAAAAGAUACAUCCGAUCUAGAGAAUAACGAUGUUCAAUGUCCAUGUAAUAAUUCUCAUUUGGAGAAAGAGUUUGCUAAUGAGAUAUUGGAUUUUGAUGUUGAUAUUCUUUUCAAUGAUUUGUUUUCUCAAGAUUCAGAUAUCAUGAAAGAUCUUUUCCAGCAAAAAAAUUAUAAAGAUUGGAAGUAUACUCAAAAUGAAGAAAGUGGCUUCAAAGUACAAAUAUUAAAUUAUACAGUUCCAUUAAAUUAUAGCAUUGGACCUAAGCAAUCAUUUACCGAAUGUAAACAGGUAUUUUCUAAAGAAAAUAAAAGUGGAUCAUUUUAUGUAGUUGAUGUUCAGUGCACUAGUUUUGGAGUACCUUACGCUGAUAGCUUUAACAUUGCAAUUCGAUAUUGUUUAACUAGAAAAUCAGGAAAGCAAAGCCAACUUCAAGUUACUGGUGAAGUAAUUUUUACUAAGAAGUUGUUUGCAGUGGUUAAAAACAUGAUUUCUCGUACAACUGAAGAUGCUUUGAAUGACUAUUUCAAAUGUCUUUUACAAUCUUUAAGAAGCAAGGGUAGUAUUUCUUCAAACAAAAAAUCAACUUGCAUUCCAAGGAGUUUCUCAAAAAUUAAUAAAAAAAAUCAAUCAUUAAGAAAAACUUUGAAACAGAUAAAUACUUCAGCAUUGGACAAACAAAAAUCCAGUAUUCCAAAUAUAGACUCUAAAAAAUAUUUUGGCAUGAGUUUUGAUUCCUUUUGGUUCAUUUUGAUUCUAUGCUCUUUUAUAGGUUUUCUGAUCUUUGUAGUGAAUAUUUACACGCUGAUGAGGUUGGCUAGUUUAGAAAACAUCAUUCUUACUGAUAGGCCAUUUUUUAAAGAUACAACUACAUUUACCCAUCACGAGAAUCAAAAUAAUUUACUUUCGUCUGAAAUAACUAAAUUUUACAAAAUCCUUCAGAAAACGGAAGGUUUGCUACAACAGAUUAAAAUUGAAAUCACUGAGAACCGUAACAAGUUUUGUUCAUAUACAAAUAAUCUGAUGACGUAAUUUGAUUAAUGUUUUUAUAUUAUAUUUGAUUUCAAUAAUAUAUAUUUGCAGUAUUUAAAAAAUAUUUAGUUACCGAUGUCAUUUUGACUAAAACUAAUUUGUAAUCUUCAAGGCUUGAUAAUGUCAAUUUAUUUAAGAGUUUAUGUUUAAGUUACUUAAGCUUCUGUUUUUUAGAAUUUUUAAUAAUAAAAAGAAAUUGUCGAAAACUUUUUUUGUGUAAACAUUUCUGACGACAUACCAUAGCUACCAUAGAGGAGCCGUUUUCUGUGUAUUCGUUAUUAAAUUUUAUUUUGUUAUUUUCGUUUUCUUAUUUAUUCUCUAAUUUUACAUUUAUGUAAUCAUUUAUAUUGUGUGCAAUAAUUAAAAAAUGUUUUAAAUUGAUGAAAUGAAAAAAAUUAUAGCAACGUUUGUAGAAAA